GGACGGAUGGCGACGGCAGCUGUGGCGGCGGGGAGCGGGGCCGCGGCGGGGACCGAGUCGGCAGAGGGCCCCCCGGGACCGGCGGCGGCGCUGGAGCUGUGGCUCAACAAAGCCACAGACCCCAGCAUGUCAGAACAGGAUUGGUCAGCUAUCCAGAAUUUCUGUGAGCAGGUGAACACUGACCCCAAUGGGCCAACACACGCGCCCUGGCUAUUGGCCCACAAGAUCCAGUCUCCACAAGAGAAGGAAGCUCUUCAUGCCUUGACAGUGCUGGAGAUGUGUAUGAACCACUGCGGGGAGAAGUUCCACAGUGAGGUGGCCAAGUUUCGCUUCCUGAAUGAGCUCAUCAAAGUGCUGUCCCCAAAGUAUCUGGGUGCUUGGGCCACAGAGAAAGUGAAGGGAAGAGUCAUUGAGGUCCUCUUCAGUUGGACCGUGUGGUUCCCAGAAGACAUCAAGAUCCGAGACGCCUAUCAGAUGCUGAAGAAACAAGGCAUCAUAAAGCAAGACCCUAAACUGCCAGUGGAUAAAAUCUUACCCCCACCUUCUCCCUGGCCCAAGAGCUCUAUCUUUGAUGCCGAUGAAGAAAAGUCAAAGCUUCUGACGAGACUCCUGAAGAGUGACCACCCAGAAGAUCUUCAGGCUGCCAACCGGCUCAUCAAGAAUCUGGUCAAGGAGGAGCAAGAAAAAUCAGAAAAAGUGUCCAAGAGAGUCAGUGCGGUGGAGGAGGUGCGGAGCCACGUGAAGGUGCUGCAGGAGAUGCUGAGCACUUACAGGCCGGGCCAGGCUCCACCAGAUCAGGAGGCCCUGCAGGUCGUGUAUGAAAGGUGCGAGAAGCUCCGGCCCACCCUGUUCCGGCUAGCAAGUGACACCACCGAUGAUGAUGACGCACUCGCGGAGAUUCUCCAGGCAAAUGACCUCCUCACCCAGGGAGUUCUGCUGUACAAACAGGUGAUGGAAGGCCGUGUCACCUUUGGGAACACAGUGACCAGCUCAGUGGGAGAUAUUCCUGUCUCCAGAGUCUUUCAGAAUCCCACGGGUUGCAUGAAGAACUGUCCCCUGAUUGACUUGGAGGUGAAUGGUGGAUCGGGGCAGCCUGGGCUUGUGGCACCAUCUUUGCUUCAUCAGGACUUGGCAGCCUUAGGGAUCAGUGAUGCUCCUGUUAUGAGCAAGGUUGCCAGUCAGAAUUGCUGUAAUAAAAAGAAUCACACUGCCGGUGCCCUGCCAAGUGGCAGCAUUCACAGCCCUCCUGCAGACCGGAACCUGUUGGAUUUCCUCUCCCCACAGCCAUCCCCCAGGACCCUGAAUUAUGUUCCUCAGAAAAGUAUCCCCAAGGAAGUGCCACCAGGCACCAAGUCCUCUCCAGGCUGGUCUUGGGAGGCUGGCCCCCUGGCUCCUUCCCCAGCUUCACAGAACACUCCUCUGGCUCAAGUGUUUGUCCCUUUGGAGUCUGUGAAGCCAAGUAGCCUGCCUCCUAUUAUCGUGUAUGACCGGAAUGGCUUCAGAAUUCUGCUCCACUUCUCUCAGACGGGAGCCCCUGGCCACCCAGAGGUGCAGGUGCUACUCUUGACCAUGAUGAGCACUGCUGCCCAGCCUGUCUGGGACAUUAUGUUUCAAGUGGCUGUGCCAAAGUCAAUGCGAGUGAAGCUGCAGCCUGCAUCCAGCUCCAAGCUCCCUGCAUUCAGCCCAUUGGUACCUCCAGCUGUGAUAUCUCAGAUGCUGCUGCUCGACAAUCCACACAAAGAGCCUAUCCGGUUACGGUAUAAACUGACGUUCAACCAAGGUGGACAGCCUUUCAGCGAAGUGGGAGAAGUGAAAGACUUUCCGGACCUGGCUGUCUUGGGGGCAGCCUAACUUCACAGACAGACCCUUUGAGUUCAAUUUAGGCCAAUGUUCCUUUCGCUGUUAGUCAGGACUAAUCACAGUGAUUUAGUGCAGAGUGCCAAGAGUACUUCUGACGCUGGGCUCUCAAUGCCAACCUCUACCUGUUCUGCAGAUGCUGUGUGUGUCUGUGUGUGUGUGUGUUGUCGGGGGUGGGGGGGAGGGCAAUGUGGGAGUGCCGAAGCAUUUUUGAUGACCAUCUCUGCCACAUCCUAUCUGCCUCUGCACGUUGGUGGACACUGAUGUCCCUGCCUCAGGUUGGAGGUUUUCUAAGCCAAAGUUUUUUUCAUGUAUUGUUAUCUUUUCACUCAUCCACUCUGUGCCUUGUCAGCCUUUGAAAGUCGUGUUUGCUCCCAGGCUGCUGUUCUCAGGGACCUUCCAAGGGACCUGGUUGGUCUUGGGGUAGAGAGGGUCCUCUGGGCACUCUCUUUCAAGGAAGACCUUGUCUCCAUCUUCAUGAGGGAAUGCUACUUGCCUGUGUUCAGAAAGAUGUGAAUGGAACACUUGCUGCACUGUCCAGGCGAGGGGCUGCUGUGAGACCAGAAGACUACACUCAGCAGUGUCAUGUCCUUCACCACGUGCCUUAGGAUCACCCUUAGAUGCCCCUCUGAGGAGAGGGAGAGCCGAGGCCAGCCUUGGGCGGGCCUCUGGCUUGUGGGUUGCGCAGCCUGUCCGGGCCCUUACUCAGGACUCCAUGUCCAUCCUCAUCCUUUCUCUACAGGUGUCCCCUCUGUGCUCUUUGACUGUGACCCCAUGGUAGUCAUUGUAAAUCUCAGCUGGCAAUCAACCCUUGCCUGUUGACCUCACAAUUAAAGAUGGAGAGCUGUGGUGCGGAUAGAUAGGAAAAGAGCUUAGCAAUGAUUUAGGUGGGGACUAGAUACAGGACAUCAUUGAAUAAAUACGGUGUAGCAAAUCUGCUUUGUGGAGUGUUGAGUGAGUAGGAGAUGCAGAGCCAAUUGCAUUUAGAGGUGACAGGCUGAGAGAAGCUGUCCUUUGUUGGAAGAGCAGAGCCCUGAAGAUCUGAAGAAAGCUGUAGAGGAGAGCCAGGUAUCUGUUACCUUAUAAUCUGAAGGGGAAACUCAGGUUUAUAAUUCGCUUAUUCAUAAGUGAGCACCUACUGCGUGCUGUGCAUGCUAAUGUACAUGUGUUUAACAGGUCCUGCUCAGUGGUAGAAGGAAGCUGAGCCUGGCUGGGAUGGGCUGGUGGAGGGCUGUGAGGUUCCAGCAGCCAGCUGUCUGGGUGGAUUCUACCUCAAACUUGCAAGGCUGUUAGGAGCUCUUACUUGUGAGAUCUGGCACUCUUUCAUUCUGGUCUUCUGAUUUGUACAUGAAGUUGGAACUAUGCCCGCAUUAAUUGGUGGGAAUGGGAGCUGUAAUGAUUAUCAAGGCAUGCUAAUUUGUAAGCAAGUGUGAAAAUUCAUAAAACAGAUAAAUAAUGGGGUGACUUCUUCAUUUUUCAUUAAUCCUGUAAGACUAACUUUAGCCCCAAGUUACUUUGAUGCUUAAGUGUUCUGCAUAGCUCUUUUGGGCUCUGUAGCUGUCCCAUAAAGUCUUUAAGUGUUAGCCACCAUAACAGUGCCUACCCAAGAAGAUCUUCUGUGAAAAUGCAUGAGUGAGAUGUACACAUGAAGAGGUGGGCUUUUUAACCUGUAUUGUAAGGUGAACUCCUGUACAUGCUGGAAUGUCAUUGUUUUCCAAAAGAAAUUAGUAUUCUGCUACGUGGAGUUGGUCAGAAUAAGGAUGAGAGGAGACAAGGAAGGUACGUAGCUGUCAUGAAAGUGUCCCUGAUUUUUGUCACAACUGCCUUCUGAUCACCAAAUUCAGAGACCACGUAGAGCCCAACCCUUAUCC